AUGAGCUCCAAGCACUCCUCCGACUGGAUCCCCUACAGCACUUUAGACGAUGAGGGCACUAACCUCCGACAGCAGAAACUGGACCGGCAGAGAGCACUGCUGGAGCAGAAGCAGAAGAAGAAGAGACAGGAGCCUCUCAUGGUGCAGUCCACAGUGGACGGGAGAUGUCGCACGCGCCGCACCAAACACAGCGAGGAGCAGGCCCCGCUGGUGGAGUCCUACCUCAGUAGCAACAGCAGUACUAUGUACCAUGUGGCCGAGGCAGAGCAGGAGGAGGUGAAGGUGACCGCAGACAUGCAGCCUCCGCGAUCGGCCAAAAAAGGCAAAGCAUCUGCCAGCUCCACACCGCAGACGGGCAGCGACAAGAAGGAGAGGAGGGGCAAGCACAAAGGGAUGGAUGGCCUGUCCUCUCAGCAUGAAGAUGGACACAUUCAGAUCCUCACUGUGGGGCACCUCUCCCCGGACGAGGCAGAGGCGGAGCCUGUAGUCAACUGCACCCAGUCCCAGAGCAAGCAGGACCUAAGGGUGACCAUGCUCAAGAAAGGUAUUUCCAGUAGUAUGAACUUUGACGAGGAAGAAGAUGACGAUGAUGAAAUUAGCUCCAGUUCAUCACAGCUCAACAGCAACACAAGACCAGGCUCUGCCACCAGCAAGAAAUCCAACAAGGAAGUCGCCUCAGCAACAAUCCCUCCGGUAAAUGAACCUUCCAUCGAUGUGGACGACCUGGAAGAGUUUUCUCUGCGACCAGCACCUCAGGGUGUCAGGGUGAAGUGCAGAAUCACCCGAGACAAAAAGGGCAUGGACCGCGGCAUGUAUCCCACAUAUUACCUGCACCUGGAGAGGGAGGAUGGAAAGAGGGUGUUCUUAUUAGCCGGCCGCAAGAGGAAAAAAAGUAAAACAUCUAAUUACCUCAUCUCCAUUGAUCCCACUGAUCUGUCCCGAGGUGGAGAGAGCUUCAUUGGUAAACUGAGAUCCAACCUCAUGGGGACCAAGUUCACAGUUUAUGACAAUGGUCUGAACCCCAUGAAGAGCACCACUGGCCUUGAAGCCAGCAACCUGCGACAAGAACUGGCAGCCAUUUGUUAUGAAACCAAUGUUUUAGGCUUCAAGGGCCCGCGCAAAAUGAGCGUCAUCAUCCCUGGUAUGAAUAUGGACCAUGAGAGAGUGUCCAUCCACCCUCGAAAUGACCAUGAGUCACUGUUGGCCAGGUGGCAGAACAAGAACACAGAGAGUGUGAUUGAACUACACAAUAAGACACCAGUGUGGAAUGAUGAUACGCAGUCCUAUGUGCUCAACUUCCACGGCAGAGUCACCCAGGCCUCCGUCAAGAACUUUCAAAUCAUCCACGACAAUGACCCUGACUACAUAGUGAUGCAGUUUGGCCGCGUGGCAGAGGACGUCUUUACCAUGGACUAUAACUACCCCAUGUGUGCCCUGCAAGCAUUCGCCAUUGCCCUCUCCAGCUUCGACAGUAAGCUGGCCUGUGAGUAG